AUGUCUUCAGAGCUAGAACCGAUGAACAAUGGAUUGUAUCCUUUGGACUGUGACAUUGUACUUCCUUUCUUCUCAAUCUUUACCUUUGUCCACCCUUACCCGUCUGCCGCUCUUCCUUCAGAUCCGACAUCUUCUGCAACACACACAACAUCCAACAGUCCAAAGCCUCAAAAAAGCAUCAACAUUUCCCAGAACCACCCCAAAACACUUACACCACCACCACACAACAUGGGCAAGUCAAGCACCAAAGGCAACGGCGAGAACAAAGCCGUCAAGGCACUCCUCGACCGACCCGUCCAAAUCAAGAAGACCAGCAAGGCCGAGGCGAAGCCCAAAGAGGAGGAAAAGCCCUACACGGGCCCACAGACCCGAAGCCGAACCAAAGCCGCACUCGAGGCAGAACUCGAACAGAAGUAA